CUUUUGGAUUCAAGCACAAACAAUGGGAGAGAAUAGAAACACACUCACGAAAAUGUCUUGAAUAGCAACACUUACAAGUUUUUAGACUGCCAUUUCAAGAAUUAUCUCGAAGGGUGGGAAAAAAUAGAACUUAUAAAUAUAGACGCUUUGAACCGCAAUUAAAAACACACAAAAUACGAUAUUGUUGAUUCAUACUAAUUAGUACUUAGAUUUCUCAUCCCGCGUUCCAGAGGAGAUAACUAAAACCCUCAGAAACACGUAACAUAUCAUACUGAUAUGUUGUUUGCAUCCUCUUUGAAGCUCUGUCAGAAUAUCGUGGACGAGUCCUCAACCCUCAAUCUUCCGUUAUGCUUAGAACUGGACUCGGCUUCUAGAGUGUGAUUCCGUAUCAGUUUUGUGCGGUAAUUCGGUUCUUGAGUUGGGUGGUUGUGCAGGACGAGUUGCCGAGGUAAAGCUUAGGUGUGGGGUGUGAAAUCUGAAUGACGUGUAGGAUAGCAUACUUUGAGAAAACAGCGACUGCGGCGAAUGAGUCGAUGACAGAAGGUAAUGGAUCGUGCUUCCUUUAGUUGUGGGUUAGUGUUAGAGAAGAUUCUUCGGAUGCAUUGUGGGGUCAGAAGCAGGCAUUCUAUUCAGCAAUAAUGAUUACACGAGCACUACACAGCGAUUUGGCAAGUUUUGAGGUUUUAGGGUUUAUGGCAUUGAGGAAGAAAUAGUUGUCGACAGCUGUGGGUUUAUGGGUUUUUACCUUCACCUGCUUUGCGACUAUGGCGAAUCGAGGGUUGCUGCGCCAGAGCAAAUCUAAUUGCCCCUCGUUCCUUCUCUUUUCGCGUUGCACAUCUGCUUCGUGUUCCUCGUGCAUUUCAACUCCAUUCAGCAGCCUUGCGGCGCUGGACAACUGUCGAACUUCUAGUUUCAGAUCUUGCCGAAUUUUCAGAAGUUGGAGUAAGUUAUUUGUUGGCGAAAGGGAGGCUGUUAACAUGUACCACUCCACUCGAAUACUUCAACUUGAUGCAUUAUUGCAGCAAUCUAGUUCGGCGAUUCUGAAACGGAUCGCAAAAGAUUGGGUGGAGAAAUCGUGUACGAAUUUUGGACAAAGCCGUGAACUGACUUCCAUGUUUCAGAGAGUGGGCACUUCGCGAGGGCAGGAAACGAGAAGAGCAACUAAAGGGUGGAGAAUAUGCCGCCCUGAGGACGGAGUGGGAAUAUUACGUAAACCAACAGUGUCACAAUGGCACAGAGAUCAGAACGAAUCUAUCUGGUUUGCCAGCAGCAGAGGCUUUCCAAUUCCCCUAUCGCAAGUUGUUCGAUAUGUAAGCUUUUCUGCAACUAGAAAGGAACAACGAAAUUUUCGAGGAUUCCGAGAUGGAGACAUGCAGGUGGGUGAUAGUAAGGAAGACCUAGAAUUAUACAUGAAAUCCAAAUAUAAUCAGGAGAAUCUGAAGACCAAUGAAAAUCAAUCUGAAGAGGAGGAGUUUAGUGAUCCAAUCCAACAUGACGAUGUGGAAGAGGAUCUACUAUGGAAACUGAGGCCAAAUCAUGAAGGGAAAUAUGAUAAUGUCAUUGCUGUCCUUGGAGAUCCCCAAGUUUUAGCUGCAGCGCAUGAAAAACUAAAUGAAAGGCGUAGGAACUGGACUCUAGCCACUCCUGAACUCGAGGUUUCACACAUUCCCAAGGAGAACAGGUCAUCGAACUCGCGUGAAAUAGAUUGGAACUGGUUCAAAGAAGCUGCAUUUCAAUUACGAACUGGAUCGUAUCCCUUCAAGCCCGUGAAGCGGCUUGGCAUUGCAAGACGGGGCCGUGGGGAGGCGAGACACUUGUCUUUCGUCAGACCCAAGGAUCAGGUUAUUCAAGAGGCUAUGAGAUGUAUAUUGCAGAGAAUAUUUGAGCCCAUAUUUUCAGUGCAUGAUUCUGGGUUUAGGCCAAAUACAAAUGUUCACACGGCUCUCAAGUCUGUGAAGUAUGGGUGGAAAGGGAUUUCAUGGUUCCUGCAGUUUGAUGUACGCAUCGCAGAUCAUGGUCCAGUGCAGAAGCGACUGUUGAAAAUUUUAGGAGAGCGUAUUCAAGAUGAGGUUUUUUUAGAUAUAUUGAGGCAGAUGUUCGAAGUAAGCACAAUAUGGGUGCACACUGCCACAGAAGAGGACCAACCAGAAGGAAGCGUUUUGUCCCCUAUGUUGGGACACAUUUAUUUUCAUCAUCUGGAUUUGGAGAUCAAUCGCAUAAGAGAGGAAAUUAAUUCUAGGUCUGACACUCACUUGAAGUGAUCAAUUUUAACAUUGCUUACACAUCAGUGCUAGUAGUUUAUUUUGUCAACUCACGUGUUCUAAGUAUGGCAUGUCAAAUCAAUCGUCAUGAAUCGGUUCCAUUCUUCGAUGUUUUAACUUA